AUGCUCUAUCAGACCCUCAAAGUUCGUCGUAAGGCGAUCCCCGCGGAGAUCAAGGCCUCGUACCGCAAACUCGCCCUCCAAGCCCAUCCUGACCGCCCCGGCGGCUCGCAGGGCGACUUUCAGAAACUCCAAAAAGCCUACGAAAUCCUCAUGGAUGCGGAAAAGCGAGCGGAGUACGACAAACGACUGGACAAAAGGUACGAACGGCUCCGCAACUUCACCCGUCCGGAGCCUUUCGCGAAGGUGAUCAGCCCGGCCGGGUAUAAACUCGCGGAUGAUCAAUUUUACGUCUUCGAGACCGCCCCGGAGAAGGUGCGGUGUCGGCUGCGCUAUGGCGAUAUUGUGGAAUAUCAGCAAACGCAAGGCUGCUUUGUCGGGCUUUCCGCGGAUUUUUUCUUGUAUUGGUGUCGCGAAGGGCACGAUUACGCGACGCCGCUUUGUCAUACCGCGAGCGAUUUCGCCCUGAGCGAUAUUAAAAUUAUUCAACGGUCGAAUUUAGACAGGGGGAAGAUUCACGUGGCGGUGCCGCGUUUUAAUUUGAAUCGCCAGCAUGCCAAAAAAGGCGCCGACGACCCUUCCACCGCGGACAAUCCCUCGACGCCGUUCACGGCAGCGGGGGGUCGACCGAAUUCAACCUCGAGGGCGAGGAAAAUAUGGGAGCGGCUUUGGUUAAAAGAAUACGUUCGGAUGAUUAAUCAGAAGCUGAAGAUUCUCCUUCCGGACGAAAUCUACAAGCGCCAUGCUAUCGAGGCGGAAUACGCUAAAGAACUUGCGCAGAUCCAAUCCAAGCUCGCGCUCGCUUUGCGAGAAUUAUCGCCCGAGGUUUCGGUGGCGUCUAAAACAGAGAAGGUGGCUGACAACGAAACGUCUUCUUCUCACACAGAAACGCCUUUCCAUUCGUUGAUAUUGCGGAAUCCGAAAAAGGAGAAAAAUGAUUUUUACAACGGCACGACCGCUUUUAACAAUCCUCUAUCGGACGAUUCCAUUCCGAAUGGGCUAUCGGGUGAACCCUAUCAUUUUUAUUCGACCUCGCAAUCGCAUGGAGGCGUGGAGUCGAAGUUUCUUUCCUACCUCAAUGACAUUUCUAGCCUUGGCAAGAGUUCCCUUCGAGGGCGCCGUAGCCUUCCGAGCGAAGGGCCGAUCUCGGAGGAUUUAUUGGAAAACUCCCCAAAUUCUAGUGGUCGGGGUAGUUCUACCAAACGGCGAUCUUUUUUACGGAUGAAUAAUAAUCAAAAUGACGGCGAACAAUUUAAAAAUUUUAUAAGGCGCCUUACGAUUAGUGAGGCCGCGACGGAGACGGACUUGGAGAGUAUUAUAUCCAACGAAGGCAUCAACGGCACGCAGCGGAACUACGAGAGCGAAGAGGAGGAGACCUUCUUCCAAAUCCAUGUCGUUUCCGAGGUCUCCCCCCCGGGGUCGGCCAAAUUGCCCGUCAAAGACGCUUCCGAUUUACUGGAAGCCUUUGACAGCAAAAAUGACAACACCACCUUUACGCUGAGCCCGCCCGGGGCCUCGAUGACGUCUUUUCCGUCGGAGAUGGCGUCGACGAAUGGGCCGCUGCGCAAGGCGGCCCCCUCAGGGGCCAUGCCGACUUGCCAUGGCGGGGCCAACGCCCUCCCCGGCGGCGGAUCGAUCGGGUUGGGCCCUGCCAAGCCGCAUCCGACCGCGCGGGAGGGGGCAUCGCGCCCGUUGGAAGACGUGAAGGUGGAGGAAGUGAAGGGGAAUGGGAAUAGCAGCCCCAGGGUCGAUAAUUCGACUCCGAAUACAAUACCUGACGAGGAUGCGGGGCAGCUUGAGGACCACCUCACACCUCGAGUUGCUAACACGAUGUUUUCACAAACUACCACCCAUAAUAUUUUCAAAGAAGAAGGUAAGGAUGCCGCACAAAAUGGUCAGAAGGAAAGGAUGAGGAGUAAAACUCCUUUGCAAGGCAGAAAAAAAGCUGCUCACAAUAAAACAUUAUCCUUUUCCAAAGGCGACCGUGACGGGUUACUAGGAUCUGCUGAUGUGAGGAACAUCGCGAAGGGCGCGUCACGCCCUCGGAGUUUUGAUCAUCUCAGUGCUGAAGAGCUAUUUCAGGAAGAAAUAGGUUUUAUUGAAGAAUUUAUGAACCAAGAUAAGUGCUGCAAAAAAAGGCGAUGA